CCUCCCGCGCACGCGCAGCCGCUCUCUCUCCGGACUCCCAGCGUGACGUUUUCCCUGGCGCCCGGUUAGCUAGCUGCUAAGCUAGUUAGCUAGUUAGUUGUUGUACCUAGCUCGUUAAUUAACGGGGCUCACCGGAGUUGGUAAACGUUAGCUAGCUAGUCGGUUUCGGUCAUGGACGACGAAAGCUACCCCAAGACCCUGUACGUGGGGAACCUCUCCAGGGACGUCACGGAGAUCCUGAUCCUGCAGCUCUUCACCCAGAUCGGACCCUGCAAGAGUUGUAAAAUGAUCACAGAGCACACGAGCAACGACCCCUACUGCUUCGUGGAGUUCUUUGAACACAGAGAUGCUGCUGCGGCGCUCGCCGCCAUGAACGGGAGGAAGAUACUCGGAAAGGAGGUGAAAGUAAACUGGGCCACCACUCCAAGUAGCCAGAAGAAAGACACAUCCAAUCACUUCCACGUGUUCGUGGGCGACCUGAGCCCUGAGAUCACCACCGAGGACGUCAAGGCUGCAUUUGCAGCUUUUGGGAAAAUCUCGGACGCCCGGGUAGUGAAGGACAUGACGACGGGCAAAUCAAAGGGGUAUGGAUUUGUGUCCUUCUACAACAAACUGGAUGCGGAGAAUUCCAUCAUCAACAUGGGGGGGCAGUGGCUGGGGGGGCGCCAGAUCAGGACCAACUGGGCCACGCGGAAACCACCAGCGCCGAAGAGUGUCCAGGACAAUGGAUCGAAGCAGCUGCGGUUCGAUGACGUGCUGACUCAGUCCAGUCCUCAGAACUGCACCGUGUACUGUGGAGGGAUCCAGUACGGACUGUCGGAACACCUCAUGCGUCAGACCUUCUCCCCGUUUGGUCAAAUCAUGGAAAUCCGAGUGUUCCCGGAGAAAGGAUACUCGUUCGUCAGGUUUUCCUCCCACGACGGAGCCGCCCACGCCAUCGUGUCGGUGAACGGCUCGGCCAUCGAGGGACACGUCGUGAAGUGCUUCUGGGGAAAAGAGUCGACGGACGUGGCGAAGAGUCCGCAGCAGGUGGAGUACGGUCAGUGGGGUCAGUGGAAUCAGGUCUAUGGGAAUCCACAACAACAACAACAACAACAACAGCAGCAGCAGCAGUACGGACAGUACGUGACCAACGGGUGGCAGGUUCCCUCCUUCAACAUGUACAGCCAGACGUGGAACCAGCAAGGCUUCGGAGUGGAGCCGUCCCAGUCCCCGUCCUGGGUGGAGGGCUUCGGGUCCCAGUCCGGCCAGGCCGCGGCCCCCCCGGCCCAGGUCAUGUCCAACAUGGCCAACUUCAGCAUGGCCGGCUACCAGGCGCAGUGAGCCGGCCCGCCGGGACGCGGCCAGCUGUUGACCUUUCACCGGAGGGGCGGGGCCACGUUCACGAAGCCCUUGUAGCUGCUGGCUGAUUUGAAAAAGAGUUUAUACGAUCAUCACCCAGAGCUCCUGGCUUCUGGAGGGAAGGAGUUGAAGGACACGGCCACCUUUUGAAUGUUUGGCCGUGAAACCAGAAACCAGUGUGACGAUGUUACAUCAUCACGGGGAUGAGUUAACACACAGUAACACACAGGAACACACAGUAACACACAGGAACACACACUAACACACAGUAACACACAGUAACACACAGGAACACACAGGAACACACAGUAACACACAGUAACACACAGGAACACACAGGAACACACAGUAACACACAGGAACACACAGUAACACACAGGAACACACAGUAACACACAGUAACACACAGGAACACACAGUAACACACAGUAACACACAGUAACACAUAUGAACACACAGUAACACACAGU